CAGACCAAAAGGCAAACAGAUCUCCCAGCACAAAACAAUUACAAAAGGAGCAGAGGCAGAUUCCCCUAAUGUCCCAAAAUCAGCAAAGAAGCAUAAAAAAAAGAAAAAAAUGGAGACAAAAGCUUAUGCAAACAUCGUAAGCUCCAACGAUGGGCACAAGUUAAGUUCACCCUGCAGUUAAACCUAAAACCCACAAAAAGGGUCACAUGGCUUGGAUUUCCGUUUUGACACAUUUUGUCUGCAGGCGAGGCGCGCAGAGCUUUACAAGUCACUCAAAGCUGUGCUGCCGAGUUAAUCAGCGGGCCCCUGAAAAUGACUUUGAGGCGCUUUAUAAGGGAAUUUCGAAAUGAGAAUUAUAUUAUGGGAAACGUGCACAAGACAAGAAGUUCGUUGUAUUUUGAUUCGAAUUCGAAUGAAGAAAAUGACAACAAGCAACUUCAGAACCUGGUCACAUCACUUGGAACCUUGCCAAGAGGGCGCCGGCCGCUAUUGCACUGCCAGUUUAACCCUCCGACGGAUUUUCCUGACACUCCAAGGACGACCUUCAUUUUAGAAAAACAAGACAAUGAAACCUUUGGGUUUGAAAUUCAGACACACGAAUCUCCACAGCAAGGCACCCAUUCUGCACCAUUCUACACUUUUAUCUGCAAAGUGAAUGAAAACAGCCCGGCAGAGGCUGCAGGUCUCACAACCGGUGAAAUUAUUGUAAAUAUCAAUGGCAUCAGUGUUGAAAGAUCCAGCCAUCAGCACAUUGUGGACUUGAUCAAAGCCUCUGUUAACUGUUUAAGGUUGGAAACUAUUAAUGGAGCAGACAUGAAAAGAACUGAACUGAAGGCCAAGCUCCGAAUGCUCAAGAAAAGCCUGCAUGAGAAAUGGGUGGAGUUGGAGUCGCUGGUGUUAAAAGAACAACGCCUUUUACAGGAUUGCUUGAAUGAAUGCUCUUCUCAAGGGCCAGACUCACCAGUGUAUCCAAGUGCUUGCUUUGAUCCAAGCACUUUGUCAUUCGCUCACCAACCACAAACCAAGCAAAGGUUUUCAAGUGACAGCAGCUGUGUCAGUCAGCUCAGUUUCAUGACGGAAGGCAGCGACGAUGGCCUCUACCAGAUGUGUGUCUUUGAGGAAUCAGUAAACCCACAGAGACGCGCCAGUGUGGAUGACGAGUGCCUCUCUCGGCGAGGCAGCACCACAAGCAUUAAGGCCCAUCUUUCAAGGACAAGAAGCAUCAACAUGAUUGGCAAUGGCGGAAAGUCACCUUCGUGGGAAGGAGCAGCUCCAUCAAGCAUAUUUGGGACUUUGCCUAGGAAAAUGAAAAGAGGAAGUGUCAGGAGACAGCUCUUAAAAUUCAUCCCUGGCCUUAACCGUUCAGUCGAAGAAGAGGAGACCAGUGAAUUGAAGCACAGCUGAGACUUGUCUUGGCUUCUUGGGUGGGACUAUAGCAGCACAUCAGACUUCAUGCAGCAGAGCAUUAAAAGAUGAGCAUUCCUAAAUGUGAAUUUGGUCAAUUACAUUUGGAAACUCAGAAAAGUAAAAAGGCAGCUAAGUAAAACAGAAUACUUUGUGAUUUCUUUCUGGCACCAUAAUGACAAAUAACUAUAAUGAUAAUGACAAUGAAACCGCAAAGGUGAUUAGGAAAUAAUUUAAUAUCUGGUACUCAUCUUAACUUGGAAUGGAUUUUUUUAGCAGUCUUUUAUUCCUCUGGGUGCUUUUUUGAAGAGUGUUAUUGUGACCUUUUCAUAUUUAUUCCGGCCCACUGGGUUCCUGCCUUGUACUCAGCGUUGCUGGUUUGUCUCCAACUUUCUGCAGGCUUCAUUUUUACUUAGGCAAACCAAAAGCUGAAUGACUUUGUGUAAAACACCGUCUUUGACUGCUUAAAGUCCCUACUGAACUGCAUAACUGUAAACGUUUACAUGCGUUCUUCUCUAACAAACUAUUUGCUAUUUUUAACCAACACAUUAACAUAUCUCUUACUUUGAGAGGUUGCUAAAAUCAAAGUUUUCAAAAUCUUUUUUAAAAUAACACUGUACUUUAAUCUGUU